AUGACCAAAGAUGAAGGUUACCUGACGGAAGAUGUUAAACACACUGUUGGGUCAACUGUACCACGGGAUAGCCCCCCCUCGAGUGGCCCAUCCAGCUUCCCGGCGCAUGUCUUUAUCUUCUUCUCCGACAUAAAAACCUCCGCUUGUCCACCUCCCAGGAUGCCCAAGAGUCAGAAGCAGAAGAAGGCCAGAGCUGCCGACUUUACCAAGGCGAAACUCAAGCUCGGAAAGGGGAAACAGAUCGCCAACAAUGCAACCAACACUUCAUACUCUGCCAAGACCAUUGCUCUCCCAAACCAAAAAAUUCGCACCGAGAAUACCGCCGUCCCCACAACCAGGUCGAACCUUACCCUCGACGACCUAAUUGUUCGUCUCAGGCAUUACAGCCCCAACACUCGGAAAGAGGCGUUGCAGGGGCUUCGCGAAAUUUUGGACGCCCACCGUACAAUAUGGCGUCUCAACUUGGGCACCAUCAUUCAUAGCUGUGCUUGUUUGAUCAGCGACGAGAAUGCGGCGGUACGAAAAAUGCUCAAGAACUUCUUUUCUUGGUUUAUACCCCGGGUAGAGCUGCCACUUCUCAAGCCCUUCUGCUCGAUUAUCAUUUUCUUUGCCAGCUCAGCAUUAUCCCACAUCUUUGCAGACAUCAGGGUCGAUGCAAUCUAUAUUAUCGAUAUCCUUCUUGAGGUCGCUCCUGAUUGUAUCGUUGCAGGCUGGCCUCGGGACAAACGUGUCGAUCUGCAACUUAACGGCUCAGAUACCCAAUCCACCAAUCUUCCUCAACAGCCCGGUCUUCGACUUCUCCAACUGUAUCUAUCGCUGUUGUCCAUCGGUUCAGAUUCUGCUACUCCAGGGCUCUCAUCUACUUCUUCCAACCAGCUUUCAGGAAAUUCCAAACUGGCCGUUCUAAAAUCCUUGGCCCGCUUCAUUCGCGCUGCGACUUCCCUAGACAACCAACAAUCUAGUAAAAACUCGAUGCCUCUGUGGAUCUUCCGGGGUGCAUUUCGCAAGGAACGUGAUUUCGACACCUUUCGAGUCUUGUUGACAGAAUCUGAACCUCAUGCCCAAGACGAAUCAGCCAGCACGAGUUAUACCAUCGAUGGAGAGCGCUACGACUCCACCAACAGUCAUAUGUUCGAACGUUUUAGUGAAGCCUUCUUAGAACCUGAUAGUUUUCAAGAAAACAUUACCAAUCCUUCAGGCCUGAGUGCCGAAUCGAGCGGGUCGGCAAACCAAACAACCAAUCGCCACUCUACUCCUGAUAACUCACUGCAUUUACUGCGCACUAUGCACCCAGUGAUGUUAUCGAUCUUUUUGGAUACUGCCCCAGCUGCUUUCCAAGCCGAACUCAGUUCCAAUUCAGGCACGCUGACCAGCUCGUCUUCUGCGGCUUCAGUUUCACCCAGCUUAGAACUAGUAAAUUGUGUAAUCAGUUCCUUGCACCGAUUAUGGCAAGCUAGUAUGGCAGCUGAUCUGGCCAUCGAACCCAAGGACGUCAAAUCCCUAGAGACAAUUUUGAUGAAGAUGUCACCGUAUUUCAUUUUCGGAGGCGACGAUAUCAUCCCACAGGGAGCAGAUUUGAAACAUCUGUUACAAAAUUUGAAUCUCAUGUACUGUGAUCUAGUUUCUCUGUUGGCACUAGUCAAACCGGACUAUAGCAAUACUGUUGCCAUUCAGUUGAACCGAGUCGGAAACUAUAUUACACACUUACUAGAGAAUAAGGUGAUCAGCAUGAAUGGCAGCACGGGACCCAUGCUCCCAGAGGCAUACUGUGGAAUCUUUCCGAUUAUUUGGUCGCUAUUGAAGCAUGACCUGAUUCAGCGUGACAACCCGAAAGCGGAGCGGGAAAGCUGGGCAAGCCGGGUGGUCGAAGCGUUCAUCGACCACUUGAAUGGCCUGAGCCCGAACUCAGAAUUGAAAUUUUUGGGAGUCAACUUUCUUGCCAGGCUGUGCAUCAUGGAUGAUUUGCCUGGCUGCCAAAUGGCAUGUGAGCUCGACAUCCUCACGCCCGAAACUCAAGAAAAGAUGCGCCAAUGGAUGAUGGGCCUUCCUAAGUUAUUAUGGCAGCUAGGAAACAAGAAUCCGGCGAGCUCUCAUCUUGUACUUUCGUUUCUACACCGAGUAGUCAGUCGUCCGAUGGCCUUUUUUGAAAACUGUCUGGUAGACCUGCCGCCAUUGCUGGUCCCUUUUUUCUCAAUCGAUCAUCCUUCCUCCGGCCGGACCAUCGCCGGACCAUACUCCCGCUUACCUCCUUCUUGUAGGAAGUUAUCCGAAGGGAUCUGCUGGUAUCUUCUCAAUCAACCGGCUUUCAUCCCUCCUUCUGUUCAAUUGAGAGCCGCACUUAAGGCCUCCAACCCUGCUUUCGAACAGAACUUACUAAUAUGUUCAAAUUGA